AUGUCGAAAGGGGCGAAAUAUCUGCUCGUGUCGCUGCCGACGUCCAUAUCGCCCUCAAACCACGCCGACGACGCCCUCACAGCACUGCGCUCGACAGUUAGCAACGACAACGGCACCACGUACCCGUUCGCGAUUCCCAACUUCAAGAUCGGGACGCUAGAUGCGCUGGUACAGCAGGCGGAUGAUCUCGCAAAGCUCAACUCGGCAUGCGAGCAGGUGGUGGGCAAGGUCGGGGACAGCCUGCGCAACAUCCUCGACGGUGACGAGGAGCGGGUGCAGCAGCACAAGACCAUCAACGAUAAGCCCGUGGACCAGUAUCUCCGGACCUUCCAGUGGAACAAGGUCAAGUACCGGGCAGAUAAAUCCAUCGCGGAUCUGAUAGACUCGCUGCAGAAGGAAAUUGUAGGCAUCGAUAACGAUGUUAAAGCGAAAUUCUCCCAAUACAACCAGACCAAGACUAGCCUCGCCGCCGCGGAGCGCCGGAGAACAGGGAAUCUCUCCACUAAAUCCCUGACUACGAUAGUGAAACCCGAAGUACUGAUCCAAGACUCCGAAUACCUCGACACCCACCUCAUUGCUGUCCCGAACAUGGCCGUCAAAGACUUCUUCAAAACCUACGAAUCGCUCGCUCCCAUGGUCGUUCCCCGCUCUGCCAUAAAGGUCGCCGCCGAUGACGAGUUCACAUUAUUCGCCGUCGUGUCGUUUAAGAAGCACUCCGCCGAGUUUGUGCACAAGUGCAGAGAAAAGCGGUGGACGCCGCGCGACUACAAAUACAAAGAGGGCGGCCAGGAAGAGGAGGCCAAAGAAGCGAACCAGUUGGCGCAAGACGAGAAGAAGCUGUGGGGCGAGGCGCUGCGGCUGGGACGCACCGGUUAUAGCGAGAGCGCCAUGAUCUGGAUCCACGUACUCGCGCUCCGAGUAUUCGUCGAGACGGUGUUGCGGUACGGACUGCCGCUGGAUUUUGUGUGCGGCCUGGUGCAGACGACCGAAAAGUUGGCAAGGAAGGCAAAAGCAAACCUGGACGCCAACUACUCGUACCUUGCAGGCAAUGCGUUCGGCCGCGACAGCAAAGGCCGUAUCAAGAAAGACGACGCAGCCACGACCACCGAUAUGCAGUCCACCGGACACCUUGGCGACCAAGAAUAUUCCGCCUACGUGUAUUACGAGUUCGAAAUUGUAUAG